ACGAGAAGCAGCAUCAUGUCUCUGUCGUCGUCGGACGGUCUCCUGGCCCGGGAGCUCAGCUGCCCCAUCUGCAUGCAGCUCUUCUCAGAGCCCGUCAUGCUGCCCUGCGGCCACAACUACUGCCUCUCCUGCAUCCAGCAGGCCAUAGCCUCUGAGAAGGUCCCGCACUGCUGCCCCGAGUGUCGGGAGGAGUACGAGGGCGAGGAGGUACUGCAGAGGAACUUCAAGCUCUGCAACAUCAUCGAGGGAUACAAGGCCACCACAGGGACAAGCAGGGACGAGGCGGAGGUGCUGUGUGACCAGUGCCUGGGGACGGGAACGCCGGCCGUCAAGACAUGCCUGAAGUGCGAGAUCUCCCUCUGCUCGCAGCACCUGCACCGGCACUCCCAGAAGGAGUCCUUCAAGAGCCACAUGCUGGUGGAGCCCCUCUCCGACCCGGGCAGCACCAAGUGCCCGCUCCACUCCAAGGCCCUGGAAUACUUCUGCGGCAGCGACCGGACCUUCCUCUGCGCAUCCUGCUUCAUCGAGGGCAGCCACCAGGACCACGACAUCAAGACCUUCGCGUCGGCAGAGGCGGACAUGCGGAAGAUCCUUGAGUGCCACGAGAAGGCGGUCCGCAGCAAGCUGCACAUGACCGACACCCUACUGCAGAGGGGCAUCGGAGACGAGGGCAUCUUCAAGGCCGCCAACGACAAGCUGGCCGCCAAGGCCAUGGCGCUGCUGGGAAACAUGGCCAACCUGGUGAAUGGGUACCAGGCGCGGCUGAGCCAGCUGCUGGAGGAGGAGCAGAGGCAGCUGCAGGAGAGCUGGCAGAGCAGUCUGCGGCAGAUGAUAGGGCAGCAGGAGGCCCUGAGGGGGGCGCAGCAGGACCUCCUCUCCGCCCUGAAGGAGACGGACGAGUGCCGCUUCGUCCAGCACUUUGUGAAGAUCGAGCCCCAGGCCAAGGAGGCCAUCGCCAGCUCCGUGGCCGCACCGGUGCCACAGCCUCUGAACGUGAAGAGGCUGUGCGCCAACAUGCGGACGGAGGACUUCAAGGCAGAGAUGGGCCGCCUGCUGCAGGCCCUGCACACCCUUCUCAACCCGCUGGAGCUGACCUUCAACACCAACACCGCCCACCACAACCUGCUCCUCUCCAACGACCUGAGGACGGUGAAGUACAGCGCCAGCCGCCAGCCCCACCUGGACCACCCGGAGAGGUUCCUGACGGCGCCCCAGGUCCUCUGCUUGCAGGGCUUCUCUAGCGGCGAGCACGUCUGGGUGGUGGAGGUGGGCGAGAGCAUGUGGUCCGUGGGCCUCUGCUACAAGAGCGUGCCUCGGCGAGGGGACCACAGCCGGCUGGGCCACAACCCUGUCUCCUGGCGUCUCCAGUGGAAGAACAAGAAGCUAACGGCCUGCCAUGCGUCCUCCAACGUGGCACUGCCGGAGACCGUCCCGCCCGUCCGCAUCGAGGUGGCGCUGGACUACGAGGGCGGCACACUCAGCCUCCACAGCACCAUGGGCCCGCGCAAGCACCUGUACACCUUCAAGGCCAGCUUCCGGGAGCCCGUGUACCCGGCCUUCAGCAUCCACUCCACCACCUCUGGCUCCUGGAUCACCCUGAAGAGCUGAGCCAGUCUGCUCGUCUCCUGUGUGCUGUUAAGGAGCAAAGUGACCCAGUUCAGCGCUGAGCAAUGAAGAG